AUGCCUCGCACCAGGAUAAAGCAAAGCUCCUCGCCGCAGGCAAGGGUUAAGCGGGAAUCAAGCAGGGAAGAGUCGGUCAUCGUGGUUCAAGAUGCCGCACCGCCGCCUGCUCGCCCUCCAAAGCGUCGCUUCGACAGCGUCAAGGGGGAGGCGGACGAGGCUCGGCCGCGCAAGCGAACGUCAAAGGCCAAGGAGACCAACAAGGCCCCAACGACACGGCUCCGGGUUGUCGUCUUCGGCACCGGCGACGGCGGCGAGCUCGGUCUCGGGCCCCAUCCGUACCAUGAUGGCAAUCCCGCAAUGGCCGAGCGUCCGCGCAUCAACCGUCUUCUUAACCCAGUCUCGGUUGGCGUCGUCCAGCUCGCCGUCGGGGGCAUGCAUUGCGCAGCGUUGACGCACGACGGCCGCGUCUUGACUUGGGGCGUCAACGACUCCAAGGCCCUCGGCCGUGACACCACGACUCCCCCUGCUUCGCCUGACGCGGCUGAAACGGACUUGCAAUCCCUCGAAAGCACGCCGAUGGAGGUGACGGGCCUGUCGGACCUGGGCCACGUCUUCACACAAGUCGUCGCCACGGACAAUGCCACAUUUGUCCUGACGGCUACCGGUCUCGUGUACGGCUGGGGGACCUUUUUCGGCAACAAUGGACCUUUUGGGUUCCUCAAGAAAAACAUCCAAGGCCGCAACAAGCCGACGCCCGAGCAGCUCUUCCAGACGAAGCCCGUUCAAAUCGCCGGACUUGGGGACGUCAAGGAGCUCGCCGCGGGCGUCAACCACGUCCUGGCCCUCACUCACAACGGCACCGUCUACGCCUGGGGCAGUGGCAAGCAGGCCGAGCUUGGCCGCCGGCUCGGCCUGAGGCAACGGCACGAGGUCGAGUCGCUGGUGCCGCGGGCCAUUAAUCUGCCCAAGCGAGCCAUUGUCCGCAUCUUCGCCGGCUUCCAUCACAGCUUCGCCGUGGACAACAAGGGCUCUGUCUGGACUUGGGGUCUCAAUAAUUUUGGGCAGACGGGCAUUCCCGCCGAAGGGAAAACCCUGUACAUUGAGCUGCCCCGGGUGGUUGGUAGUCUUGGGGGCCGUCGCAUCACCCAUAUGGCCGGCGGCUUUCACCACAGUCUCGCGUGUACCGAUAAUGGCACGGUUGUCGGAUGGGGACGCUGCGACGAUGCUCAGCUCGGUAUCGCCGUCGAGUCACUCCCGGGUGAGGACAUUGUGGGCAACGACCGGGGCGAGCCUCGCAUCUUGACUGUCCCCACCGUUAUACCAGGUCUCGACGCCUCCCAGGUCGCCGCGGGCAUCGACGACUCGCUCGCUAUCAACGCCAAAGGCAAGGUCCUUGCAUGGGGCUUCUCCGAUGGCUACCGCACCGGCUUGGGCACAGAGGAGUCGGUGCAAAGGCCAACUCUGCUCAGCGGCAGAGCGGUCACCGACGUGACGUUUACAUUUGCCGGCUGCGGCGGGCAGUUUUCGGUGAUUGCCGGGCCGGCGCCGAGAGCGUAUGUUGAAUUGGACGAUUGA